AUGAGCGAGAAAGUAGGUGGAACUAUAACGAGGCAAGUUUUCGGCCAAAGCCUUGAGUCACUUGCAGAUGACGUUGAUGUCAACCAAGAAUUAUCGUCGAAAUUGAAAAUUCAAGAAGAAUACAAUAAUAAUGUUUCAACAGUCGAGCAUUUUAUCCCUCAUCCUCCUGAUAAACUGAAAGGUUCGAGCAAACUAUCAAAAAGGGCUAUCACUGCGAGCAGAUUUCCAAGACGAUUGAAUCGUGUUGUAUCUUGUCCUACUGACUCGGAGGACGAUACUGGUCAUAAAACUUUAGAAAAUCGAAUUAAAAGAUCACAUCUGCCUCCGUUAAAUGUGGAUUUAAGCCAUGACGAUGAUAAAACUGAGCCAGGAUUUAAAGAAAGCAAUGCAAAGAUACAAUCUUCAUUGAUAUUAGAACCUUUAGCUCCUAUUAAAGGUGUUGUCAAAACAAGCGAUGUUCUUGAAGCUGAACAGCACAAUCUAAGAUGGAAGCAGGAAAAGAAGGAGAAUAAUAGAAAACCUUUUAAAACAACUUCCAUUAAAAACCUAGACACGAUUGAUAACAAUGUACAUGAUAAAGAUGUAGAGAAUGUAUCAGAAAGUACUUUCACCAGUGUCAGUGAGAAUUCCUCUAGUUCAGACGAAGAAAAUUAUAACAAAUCAUUUACCAAAGGUUCAGUACAUAUACCCACUUCUUCUGAGCAUGUUACUGCCAAACUUCAUCGAAGUGCAACGUCUCUCAAAUCUCAAAAACGUUUAACUGGAUAUGAGGAGCAUCAUUCUGAUACUGAAGCCAUUCGGCAUGGUCUUGGUCGUCGAAACUCUUUACUUCCUAAAGUUCCUGCAUCUAAAGCAAGGGACAGAAAUUCAAAUUUUGUGCAAGAAGAGCUUGAGAGUUAUUUACCACAGCGAAAGUUGACGGUCUUUGUUGGAACCUGGAAUAUGCAUGGAGAAAAGCAGCUACCACUGUUUGUGGAUGAUUUUUUGCUGCCCGAAUGCUGUCAAUAUAUGCAAGAUUUGUAUGUUAUUGGAUCACAAGAGAGUACACCUCUUAGGAAAGAGUGGGAGAUUAAAAUACAAGAAGCUUUAGGUCCAUCUCAUGUCUUAAUUCAUUCUUCAUCAUUUGGAGUUCUACAUCUUGCUAUGUUCUUACGCAGAGAACUUGUAUGGUUUUGUUCAGCUGUUGAACAAGCAACCAUUGCAACAAGACCAGGUCACAUGAUCAAAACAAAGGGAGCUAUUGGCUUUUCAAUGUCUAUUUUUGGCACAUCAUUUCUAUUUAUAAACUCCCAUUUCAGUGCUCAUGAGAAAAAGUGGAAAGAACGUAUUGGUGAUUAUCGACUUAUACGAAAGAGUUUGUCAUUACCUUUGAAUUACUCGGAGGAAAAGAAAUCUAAAUCUACUGAUGUUACAUCUAGAUUUCAUCGAGUCUUCUGGCUUGGUGAUUUCAACUUUAGACUGGAAGAGCGUCAUUCUGUUGUCUUAAAAUAUCUAAAUCAAUGCAAAGAAGAAAACGAGCUAUCUUACAAUGAGUUGGUGGCUAAAGAUCAAAUGACAAAACUAAUGAAAAAAAAUGGUGUAUUUGAACAUUUCAAAGAAGCCGCAAUCAAUUUUCCUCCAACAUAUAGAUUUGAGAUUGAUCAUGAUUGUCCUGGAAAUUACUCAGAUGUCAGAGUACCAUCCUGGACAGAUCGUGUUGUUUAUCGAAGUCAGAAAGAAAAUGGAGUGCGACCUCUUCAUUAUGAUUGUUGUUCAUCUCUGAUUAUUUCAGACCAUAGACCAGUUUAUGGAAUCUUUGAAGCAGAUAUUGAACCAGUUCGAGAAAGAAUUUCUUUUACUGGUGUCCAUUAUAUUCGUGAUGUUUAUAUUGAAGCAAAUCGUAGAAGACAGGCACCACCUCGAAAUGAACGGCAAAGUGCAGUUUGUACCAUAUUAUAGUGAAUAGCUAGGGAAGGAUUUAUUGGACACCUGAUAUUGCACUUCAUGAAUUAUUUAAGUAGUAAAUUAUGCAAAACACUAUAUUUAAUAUCAUAAAUUUUCUUUUCUUUUCUUUUAACUAAACAAAAAAAUAUGAAAGAUAAAAUAAUCAAUCUAUAUAAAAAUUUCUAAUGUAGAAUCAACAUUUGCCCUGCACAAAGGGCACUUCCGUAAA